AUGCAACAAAAGUUAGUGGGAGAAGGUCGGAUUAAUGAAUUGAUGGAGACAGUGGAACACCUGAAAGCUGAAAACAAAACGAAAGAAUUGUUGAUUCUUCAACAAAAAGAAGAAAUUGUUCUUUUGAAACGAAAACCAAGAGAAGUCAAAUUGAUGGACUACGAUGAGUUAAAAAGAGAUAAAGGUGGAAAUGAGAUGAAAAUUUGUCUUGCAAUUGGAAACGUGGAGUCAACAAACAGCUCCCACAAUCUCAUUCCGCUAGGCAUCUUCAAUGACGAAGAAUCUUCACAUGCGUUGCUGAAACACAUUCCCACCGUCAUCGACCAGCUCAACAAUCUGAAGGCAUUCCUCAAGUCUGCAUCCUUCGAAUACUGCUUCAUUACUUAUAAAGAUUUUAACAAUGCCCACGAAAUACCGAAUUUUUUUGGACACCCACAUCACGUCGAUCCAAAUAACACUACUGUUCAACGUUGGUCAUUCAAGUACCCGAAUUCAUGCAAAGAUAAUCUGCUUAUCGUGAUAUUCGUCAUGGGAGGCUACUUGUCGAGUCAACAAAUCGAAACAAGCCCGACGGAAAAUGGAGAAUUGGCUGGAAAAGAAGAAAAAAAAGAAGCAAAAGAAAUGACUAAGCAAAAUGACGAAUCAAAUCUGAUAACAUUCAAUCCGAGCGGCAAUUUCACAAAUUGCCAAUUCGUUGUGAACAUCAGACCGGAAGCAUCAGUUCCGGCUCCGAGUUGUCAACAGAAGGAUCGAGACUCCAAGUUGCCGAUUGUCUUCACGAGAAAAUUCCAUCAGAAGCCGAUUUCAACGCUCAAGACGACAGUUCGACCGGCGAAGAACGAGCAACAAGCCUUGGGGAAGGACAUCGUCGUAGAUGAUCAGCCAGGAAGUACUCCGAAACGGCUGAUGUCAAGAUGGAGAGGAAAACAACAAAAACGAGCUCGUCGUCUUCUAAUCAUCAUCAAGCAUGCCGAUCACUCGUCAAGUCAAUCUCUUCGUCAAUCGCGAGGAGGUUGCCGCUACGUUUCAGGACAGCAAGGGACACACGAUGACGUCAGGAGAGCAGCAGCGACAACGGAUUCCAGAAGAAGUCAACACGAGAAGAUGGAAGGUGGAGAAACAACCGAGACCCGGAACGAUAUCUCCACGAAACCCAAAGACUCAGGGAACAAGAGGAGAGCUGAGAAGACGUCCGCGAUCCCCAUCCUCAUGAAGAAUAUAAAUCCGUAG